AUGCGACGUUUGAGGCUUGUUGCUUCAUACUCUUGCAGCGACAACCCCGGUGGGGACGCUCUCGAUCUCCGUCGCGAAACGGCGCAUGCCCAGACACUGCCCGCCAGCAAGAUCAAGCCGACGAAACCGCCCACGGUGGCACCUGCAAUGAUUGCGGUUGACGGGGCAGACGUGGAGCUGGAUACAACUGGGGAUGUGGAUGGCGGAGGAAGGGACGUCGGACUGGAUGAAAAAGUUAUCGUCGAAGUGAAUGAAAACGCUGUCGUCUGA